GUGACCCACCGGUGCCAAAUUAGGUGCAUAAAACAAGAACCCGCAAAGCCCACUCAGCACGAUAUGAUAUGCCCCCAAUUCUGGACGCAUUAUUUGCAAGAUCUCUCUAUUCAUCUACAAACCAAAUCUCUGGCUUCAGGCUGUAUUCAAGUGGAAGUGGUGGUGGUGGUGGUGGUGUUCAGGAAAACCCAAAACCUUUCAUUCUCAAACAAUGCAUUGCUCUUUUGUUAACGUGCGCCUCUUCAAAGUACAAACUCAGGCAAAUCCAUGCCUUCUCUAUCAGACAUUGGGUCCCUCUCAGCAGCCCAGACAUGGGCAAGCACCUCAUCUUCAGACUCGUGUCUCUCUCAGGAUCCAUGGCUUAUGCCCACCAAAUCUUUACCCAAAUCCAAAGCCCAAAUAUUUUCACUUGGAAUACCAUGAUUAGAGGCUAUGCCGAGAGCGAAAACCCGAGUCCAGGGCUUCAUGUGUACCGGGAGAUGCGUGUGAAUUCCAUUGAACCUGACACGCAUACUUACCCUUUUCUUCUCAAAGCCGUUGCUAAGAUUUUGAAUGUUAGAGAGGGCGAGAAGGUUCACUCUGUUGCUGUGAGAAAUGGGUUUGAUUCGUCGGUCUUUGUUCAGAACACCUUGGUUCAUAUGUAUGCUGCUUGCGGCCAUGCUGAGAGUGCACAUAAGGUGUUUGAGUUAAUGCCCGACAGAAACCUUGUGACUUGGAAUUCUGUGAUUAAUGGUUUUGCACUCAAUGGGAGGCCCAAUGAGGCUCUGACCCUUUACCGGGAAAUGGGUUUAGAUGGUGUUGAACCUGACGGGUUCACUAUGGUUAGCUUGCUCACUGCUUGUGCGGAGCUUGGGGCCUUGGCAUUGGGUAGGAGGACUCAUGUUUUCAUGUUGAAGGUUGGAUUGAAUGAGAAUUCUCAUGCUGCUAAUGCUCUUUUGGACCUUUAUGCAAAAUGUGGAAGCAUUAGGGAGGCAAGGAAGGUCUUUGAUGAGAUGGAAGACAGGAGUGUGGUUUCUUGGAAUUCAUUGAUUGUUGGUUUGGCUGUGAAUGGAUUUGGAAAAGCAGCACUUGAGCUUUUCAAGGACUUGGAGAGACAUGGAUUGGUGCCCACAGAGAUCACUUUUAUAGGGGUGUUAUACGCCUGCAGUCAUUGUGGGAUGGUCAACGAGGGCUUUGCUUAUUUCCGGAGGAUGACCGAAGAAUUUGGAAUCAUGCCGAGGGUCGAACACCAUGGUUGCAUGGUUGAUUUGUUGGGAAGGGCAGGGUUGUUGAAGAGGGCAUAUGAAUACGUCCAGAGCAUGCCAAUGCAGCCUAAUGCUGUAAUUUGGAGGACCUUACUAGGUGCCUGCACAAUGCAUGGCGAUUUGGCUCUCGGGGAGACUGCAAGAGCCCGACUUCUGCAAUUAGAGCCUAAGCACAGUGGGGAUUAUGUCCUCCUCUCCAAUCUUUAUGCAUCCGAGCAGCGCUGGACAGAUGUGCAGAAUGUAAGAAGGUCGAUGCUGAAAGAAGGGGUGAAGAAAACACCGGGCUAUAGCCUUGUGGAGCUAGGAAAUUGCGUCUAUGAAUUUGUCAUAGGAGAUAAGUCUCAUUCGCAAAGUGCAGAGAUAUACGCGAUGCUGGAACAGAUUGUGAAGCUAUUGAAAUCGGAAGGUUACGCGCCUCGUACAGCCAAUGUGCUCGCAGACAUAGAGGAAGAAGACAAGGAAACGGCAUUAUCAUAUCACAGUGAGAAGAUUGCAAUUGCUUUCAUGCUCAUUAACACGCCAGUUAGGACUCCUAUUACCGUUGUGAAGAACCUGAGAGUGUGUGCAGAUUGUCACCUUGCCAUCAAACUCAUCUCAAAGAUUUACGAUCGCGCGAUUGUUGUGAGGGAUCGCAGUCGGUUCCACCAUUUUAGAGAUGGACUUUGUUCCUGUAGGGAUUACUGGUAAAAUCAUCUUCAAAUGAUUCUAUUGUUGAAAUAAUUCAACAAAACAAACUUGUUUUUUA